AUGGCUGAUUCAACCGUUUUGUCUGAACCAUUUCCCCCACUUUUGGAUUCCACAACACCAAUCCAUGAAUUCGCUUCAUCACCUCUCGCGACACCGUACGAAGAAUCAUCUCCCAAGUACGACGAACCGCUCUACACAGAAAUCAAUAUUCCCCUCCCGCAUAUCCGCUCCCCGCCACCAAAACCAAUAUCGACGCCUUUCUCUCCGCCACCAUCUGCGUCCCUCUCCCCUCCACCACGUGGUCGAAGUCGAUCAACCACGCUCUCCUCCCUCUCGCCCUUCCGACGCAGCUCCUCAUCUACAGUACGAACUAGCGACGAGCAGAGUAGACACAGCGAAGAGUGGCCGAGGAUACGCAAAGACAUAGUAAAGAGUAGGGAGAUCGCUGCAGCGAUGAACUUGGGGCACAGGAACAAGCGGACACGCAGUGGCACUAUUGAUGCACUGGCUGUUGUACCGGCGGUACUGAUCUUGAGUGCGGAGUUGUUUACACCGGGGCAGGAUGAUCAGGAACAAAAGUCGAGGAAGGACAGUGGGGUUGGGAGAUGGGGAGAUGGAAUCAGAUGA